AUGCACUGCUGCCACGCCGAGUACCAGCUCCGACUCGUUAUGGAGGAGGACUUCUGGAAGCAGAAGGCGGCCGUUCGCUGGGUGGCCGAGGGCGGGCGGAAUACUAGGUUCUUCCAGGGCUACGUUAGGCAGAAGCGUGCUAAGUCGUACAUUCAUAGUAUCGAGGCUGAUGGGUCAUCCCUGACCCAAGAGGCUCAUAUUCGGGAGUCCGCUGUUGCUCACUUCCAGACCCUCUUCACCUCUGACAGAGGGGCCUUCGGGCCACCGGAUGACGGUGUCCUCCGAGCAGUGCGGUCGAACUCAGAGACGUCGGAAGUGACGGCGAUCUUUUCAUCGGGCGAGAUGGCGGGUCUUCCCCUUGGGUUUCUCCUUCUUGCAGAAAAUCAGGAAAAUGAAAAUGAGCUUAACAAGGUAGUGUCUAGUGCAGUGCCUAUAGUUCCUUCACCACCCACAGUGGAGAAGAGUGUAGAUGUGAAUAAUGUGUCUGUCUUAGAAAAAAUGGAUCUUGAUGUGAGGAGUGAUCAAGGUGGCCUCACCACUCUUGUCAAUAUGCAUGUCCAACAAUGUCAUGAUCCAUUGCCUGCUCUUAAGAAACCUAAAACUUUUGUGAGGAUAAACAGAAAUCAAGUUUCUGAAGGGAAAGAAGAAUCUUCUAUCCCCAUACCUGUUUCUAAUUCAAAGGACAUGGCACAACACCUGAAAAUUGCAGGUGAAACCAAAGGUCAAGAACUUCAUAUGGAAAUGCAUGCAUGGUUGGAUGGGGACUGGAUGUAA